AUACAGAAUAUUUUUGACGACUUAGCAGAAACUUUGACAUCUGACUUUUACAACCACUUGUUCUCAUAUUUCAUGACAUUAGAUAUUUCUAAGUUCAAUCCAAGACAAAUUCCACAUACCGAAGAGAGACAAACAUUGUUAGAAGCAAACAAGAGUGUAUAUGAACUGUUCAUAGAUGAAACUGACUUUGUGUCAUUAGAUGAAAGGUCAUUGUACGAUUCGUAUAAACAAUAUUGCCAAGAAUAUGGUUAUAUGACAGCUUCUAAACGAACAUUCUUGGCAAAUGUCAAAAGUCUUUUAGAUGUUCAGAAUGGUGUAUAUACAAAGAAAAAUUUUUCUGAGUAA